AUGGAGAGGGUGUCGAUGGGGACAACUAUAACAAGGAGAGCUAAAUGGCAAUACCCACCGGCGCAGCCAAGUCCGAGAAUCAUCCAUUUGCCACGGCGGCCUCGAAGGAAAGCGCCCAAGGCGAGUCCUUCGGAACUUCCCGGUAAAGAGAGAAAAGGGAUGGUUCUGGAGAGCUUGUUUUAUCGAGGAGGGUCUUUUACAAGUGGGAGUGUUCCGGUGGUGUUGGUGAGCCCGAGGGAGAGUGACGACGAGAUGAGAAGAGGGAGGGUGGCGGAGGAGGAGGAGAGAGAAAACCGCAGCUGCAGCGUAGCCUUUGUUGAAGAAGAGAAAUGGAGGUUCCAAGCUGAGAUGUUGAGAGCCGAGUGUAACUUGUUGAGGAUGGAAAGGAAGAUCGCCGUUAAGAAAAUGGAGAGAAGAAGGGUGCAUAUGGAGAGGACAUUGAAAUCCGCUGCUCAAAUUUUACUUUCCGGAAGAAAGAACAUCUGCGAAGGGAAGAAUGUAAACAUGGCAUUACUGGACGAGCAGAUCAAUGAAUUGGUCGAGAAAAUAGAGAAUCUACAAAAGAGAUCAGGUGUUAAAAACAUAGAGGUAAAAAUUUUCAGUAACUUCGAUAAAAAACUAUCUUCACUCCAGAAACAGCUAGAAAAAUCUGGGUUUAAAAGAAUAUCCGAUGAAGAACAAUGCGUGAAAGAGAUUCGACAGAUGGCCGAAGCGAGCAUGUCUAUCAAAACCAUCAGCGAAGACGAUGAUCAUAACCGCAAUGUACGAAACUAUUCAGAUUUGCAGGUGGAGAAUUUGAGAACAAAGAUGGAUGGAUUGUCGAAGGGGUUUUUGUUAGAGGAAUAUUCAGAUUUAUCGUCAUCUUCUUUACAACAAUCAUGCAAAGAGAAAAUGCCCCAUGAGGCACGAGUGUGUUCAGGGCAUUGCAAGGCAAUAGUGCAGAGGGUUGUGGAUCAAAUUCGUGCCGAGACCGAGCAAUGGUCACAGAUGCAAGGCAUGUUGGUGCUGGUAAGGGAUGAGAUGGAAGAAUUGCACGCGUCUCGUGAUUUCUGGGAAGAUCGAGCACUCGAUUUGGAUUAUCGGAUUCGAUCCCUGCAAUCUGCUGUUAAAGAAUGGAGACAGAGAGCUCUCUCGUCGGAAGCCGAGGCUAACGAGUCACAGGCACAAGUAUAUGUUCUUCGCCAAGAGGUCGAGAGAUUUAGGCAGGAAAGAGAGCGAAAAACGGCGAGGACCCGAGUUGCUUCACCAAUCAAUCGAGAAGCACAAAGUGAAACAGAGAAGGGUACUCGUGUCGGUUAA